GUCAGGCGUUUACACACGCGUGUGUUUUAGCUAGAAAACAGACUAUAAAUGCGGUUAUAACUAGUCGUGUAUUGUAGUCAGUAUUCAUAAACACCUUUAAUAAUGGGGUGUUUAUUGUUACAGAAGAAACAGGUUAGAUGAGAGACUAAGAUAACAUGAUUUUAAUAUUUUGAUAGUGUCAUAUGAAACGGUAUUUGACUAAGUUUAGGUUAUUUCAGAUAAAUCGAUGUUUUAUGAAUUCGUUUAUUUGAUAUCUUUGAUUUUCUCUGGAUUAACAAUGAGAGCUGUACGGACAUAAAUAUUAUCUUACAGCCUUCUUAACAGCGAUAUCUGAAGAUGUAUCCAAUAUUUACAGAUACAAAUAGAGAACGUGUCAUCAGCUCUUUAUUUUCAUCUUUAUUUAUAUUCGAUUUAAUUUUUUCCCCCGUCAGAUUUGUGAUAUCUGUUUAUGUGGAUUAGCAUCAGCUUUAGCAUCCACACACUAAACGAGUAAAAAGGCUUUGUCAGCUCAAAUAACAGAUUUUUGUAUUCUUUUCAGAUAUUUACUUAAUAUAAAAAACAGGGUCUGAUGACCGUGUAGUUAAAUUAUAUUAAAUCGUUUUCGUUGAUCCCAUCUGGUGGUAUUAGCUCACAUUAGCCAUCGUGCUAACACGAAGGACAUCAGGAGGAUUUUAUACCAAAACAACUAUAUAUAUGAAGAUGUUGAUGAUGAUAAUGUGCACUAAGCAUAUAUAUAUAUAAUCAUCGCGGAAAAGGAGCGAAACGACAAGAAACGAAUAGCAGAGCUGUUCUUGAGGAAUUGACUUUACAUCAGGAGGUAGUGUCACGGAUCCGUUCCUCCUCAGCGGGCUGGCUCCUCCUCCACCCAGCGGCAGCGUGCGCUCUCAGCCGCCACCUUGCACCCCCCGCUCGCCAGGCCUGCGUGCCCGAGCCCAUGCCCCCAGCUCCACGCGGUCCUCUAACGCCAUGUGUGUCCCGCACACUAUGGAGGUGGGCAAACACAGCGCCGGGCAGGGCAUUCGCGGUGGUGUUCCUCUGGAGCCCUUCGUUCAUCAGGUCGGCGGCCACACAAGCAUGAUGCGUUAUGACGACCACACUGUCUGCAAGCCACUCAUCACCCGAGAGCAGCGAUUUUAUGAGUCCCUCCCACCCGAGAUGAAGGAGUUCACCCCAGAGUACAAAGGUGUAGUGCUGGUGUGUUUCGAGGGAGAUUCUGAUGGCUACAUCAAUCUGGUGGCAUAUCCAUAUGAGGAAAGUGAGGGCCUGGAGCAUGAGGAGCUGCCUGAGAGAGAUCAACCUCGUCGGAAACACUCUCGCCGCAGUCUCCACCGCUCCAGCAGUGAGAUCAAAGAUGACAGACUGGCUCAUGACAGUGAAGCAAAUGAGAAUGUGCAGGAGUUGAAGAGUCCUCGUCUGGAGAUGCAUUCAGACGUCCCAUUUCAGAUGCUGGACAGCAACAGCGGUCUGAGCUCUGAGAAGAUCAGUCACAACCCCUGGAGUCUGCGCUGCCAUAAACAACAGCUCAGCCGUAUGCGCUCUGAGUCCAAAGACAGGAAACUCUACAAAUUCCUGCUGUUGGAGAACGUGGUGCAUCAUUUCAGUUACCCCUGCAUACUGGACCUGAAGAUGGGGACGCGACAACACGGUGAUGACGCAUCAGAGGAGAAGGCCGCUCGUCAGAUGAAGAAAUGCGAGCAGAGCACAUCUGCCACGCUAGGAGUGCGUGUGUGUGGGAUGCAGGUGUACCAGAUGGACACUGGUCAUUAUCUAUGCAGGAACAAGUACUACGGCCGCGGUCUGUCUAUCGAAGGCUUUCGACAUGCGCUAUUUCAGUUCAUGCACAAUGGCACGCAGCUGCGCAAAGACCUGUUUGAGCCCAUUCUGAGCAAACUGUGCAGUCUGAAAUGUGUGCUGGAGCGCCAGGCGUCAUACCGCUUCUACUCCAGCUCUCUGCUCAUCAUAUACGAGGGCAAGGAUCCCGAGAUGGCUGAAGCCUCGGAGAAGGAAAGUCAGGCCUCUCCGCACAGAUCGCAGGAGAAACCCCACGCCUUGGACCCUCACACCCCUCCUCAAGCACCGAGCGUGGACGUGCGAAUGAUAGAUUUCGCCCACAGCACAUUUAAGGGUUUUCGUGAUGACCAAACAAUCCAUGAUGGACCAGACCGAGGCUAUGUAUUUGGACUGGAGAGCCUCAUCAACAUUUUGAAGGAAAUCUGCAAGGAAAAUCAGUAGCCGAAACGUUUCUUUGUUUGUACAGAACAUCUAAUGAAACUGCCCAUCCUUAUACAACCCAGAGAAACUUUUGUAAAAAUGGCACAUUGAUACAAACUUACAUGUGUUUUUUCUGUCAGUUCUGAAUUAAACUCAGGGGGCUUUCAUAAAUGCAGGAAAUGGAGGUGACCUCUACAAAGGUUCUUGAUUUGUUCCCCUGCCUUCAGAACAGAAAUGGCUCCUGCCCCCAUCAUCAUCACAGUAGGCGCUUCAGCUCUGUUUCUCUCAUGAAUUCAUCGCCACCAUGUGGUCAGCUGAAGAACUGCAGUCAUGAUUCAUUAUAAGCAGACAGACACUGCUCAGGGCAUGUCCAGGGUCAGGUUCCCUCUACUGUGUGUGACUGGUAGAGAGAGAGAGUGAGUGAGUGAGUGUGUGUGAUUUAAACGUAAAGUAUUGUCAAAUUUCAGAAUAUUUCACCUCAUAAUAAUCUGAAAAUUAAGCCUAUUUUAGGACCAUUCAAAUUAGAUUGUAUGUGACAUUAUUUUCAUGACAGCUGUGCACUACUAGACAGAAAUUUUCUCAUUUCUAUGGAGCCCAUUAAGAGGACAGGUAGAAAUUUUAUUUUUGGAAAGAGUAUUGCAUUCUCCUGCAUUUUGGGUUCCCUCACAAUACCUUCCAACCCUGAUGAAAAUUAAUUAUGGUUUUACUACAGUAGCUUUUGGACCAUGGUAUUUAUAGUAAAACCAUAACAUCAAAACUUACCAUGAUUUUACUACAUUAACCAUAUUUUAGCUAUGAUAUUCAUAGUAAAACCAUAGGAAUAAUAAAGGAAAACAAAACUAUAGUAUAAAAUUCACAAUCAUUCUGCCAAAAAACAUGAAACUAUGGUUAAUGUGUGGUACAAGUAUGGUUUUUAAAACUGUUGUUUCCACUAAGAAAACGCCCUUACAAAAAUGUAUUAUGGUUUCAGUAUAGUAAAUCUGUAAUAACCAUUUUUGUGGUAAGAACCAAUGCUUUAAAACCAUGGGACGUGUACCACAAAUUAACCAUAGUGUAACAAUAGUAAAAUGAACCAUGUUUUUGUCAGUAUUAUCAUUAUUUUUAUUACCAUUCUUUUGGUUUUCCUGUAUUAUUAUCAUGGGAGACAUAUGGUUACUGGAGAAUAAAAAACAUUGUAAGUUUUGUGGUUUUACUAAAAUGCCAUAGUUAAAUUUACUGUUGUAAAAGCAUGGUUCAAUUUCAUCAGAGAUAAUAAUAAUAAUAAUAAUAAAUGUAUGUUUCUCUCUAAAUUCUCAUGUGUAAUGUCAGCAUGUGUUUGUUUGUAAUUAGCAUUAUUCUCAGUGAUGAUUCACAAUGAUGGCACAAUGAUUUUUUAUUAUUCCCUUUAUUUAAUUAUGUAUUUUAUUUUAUUUAAAUUCAGUACAACAAAUACAAUGGUGCACUUAUAAUUGUACUUUGCAAUUAAAUCAUAUUUCCAUUACAGCAAAGAAAAUUGGGGGGAUGUGUUGUAAGGAAUGUGGAAAUUGCAUUAAUGCAUUAAUGGUCCUAAAAUAGGCUUCAUUUUCCUUGUGCUAAAACUUCAUUUAGAAUUUUUGUGGGUGAAAUAUGAGGCGAGAUUCACCCAUGUGUGUUGAUCAGGAGUUCGGGGUUGUAGUAUUUAUCAGGAGUAAUAAAGGGAGACGUUCAGCUCAGAAUAGCUGAUGAAAGCUUUAUUGUAGGAGCGGCUGGCUUUUAAAAGCCUUUAUUAAGUCCAUGAAUUCUGCCGUAUGGCAAUAGUUGAUAAAUCCAGUAUAUAACAGGUCAAAUGUUGCUUUUUUUGGUAGCUAUCUUACUUAGUUCAUUUAGAGCAAUCAUAACAUUUUACUGUUUUUACUCUGUUUUCUUUUUGGAGUUAUUUUUCCCCAGCCUCUUUUUUAAGCGGUCUUAGGGAAAUAGGUGGAAAUGUUUGUUCAAUUGUAUUCUUGAAUUGAGAUAACCCUUUUGUUGCAAAGCCUUUACCUAUCCCAAACACAUGCUUAUCAUUACACAAGAAAACCUCAGUGGACCAUCUGCACUAGAGAUUAUUCUAAACACAUUACAAAAGCAUGAUUUGUUUUUUAGUAUGUUUUGAGGUUGAUUUGAAGGCUUGUCUGUUAGUUACACCGAUACACAGUGUAAUUUUGCCCACCCUCAGCACAUGUAGCAACACAUCUGAAAGAAAAACAUAAGGAAAAAAUAGUCCACCUUCCCUCGAUUUGUUCCUGUGUGUCCUGUCAGCAUUGUGAGUGAUUGGAGGACAUCUCCUGUCUCCUCAUAGUGACUUGUUUAGGAUGUUCUCUGUGUCAGUAGAAAUAUUCUUGCACUGUAGCGUCAUCCUUAUAAUGACAAAUGGGCACUUUUCUCCUUUUUCUGACAGACAGACAUCACUUCCGGCCAUAUUGUCAAAUUGUAAUAACUGCAUGUCUUGUUUUUUUUAGUUGGUCAGUCGUGUUGCUGUAGGGAUGUGUCUGUUUUUAGACCUGUGAUUGUGGUCUAUAGCCAUCUCUCACUUACAUUUAUCUUUUGCAACUGUUUACCAAAGUCAUAGCCAUUAUGAUUGAUCUGAACAUAUAAUUGUGCCCUAAAAAUAUUUGGCCAAUUAAGUCACACUUAAAAAUAUCUGAAUGUCAAUGCAUUAGUUAACAUAACAUACAAUAUCAAACCAAGUGUAAAUUAUUUUCAUUCAGACACUUUUAAUAGUUGCUUAUGUAUCCAACAACUUUUUAUGGCCAGUGUAUGUGAUUAAUGGCUUGAAAAAAUAGCACGUCUGAUCAUUUCAGUAAACUUUGAAGGGAAUGUUUGAGGAAAAAUACCACAUGUUUGAUGUGUUCUGUCAAUAAAUAAGCAUUGUACAGAAAUUAUGUUUCAGAAUAUUAUGAAUACAUCACUGAUAAACGUGUAGCAGUUUUGUUUAACUGAAGCUUUCGAGUGUGCUGGAGCUUGAGGAACACAGAGAUCAUGAUGUGUGUUAAAGGGAUGAAAUCAUCUGUAGAUGUGCUUUGUCUUUCAUAGGUAUAGAACCUGUAGAGAAAUAAGAUUAAUACCCUUGAAAAUUAUCCUCUAUAUUGUUGUUGCAUGGAUGGAUAUUUUUUUAAGAAAAAUAUAAUAUGACAUCUUUGAAUGUGAGCUAUAAAUCGUUUAUUUAAAAAACAAAAAACAA